AUCGCAUCCGUGCCCUUCAAAUGACACUACUUCGUUAGUAGCCGGAGCGAGUGGAACUGGUUUUUCGGUACGCAUUGCACUCAAGACAACAUGAGCAAAAUCGGAAUCAACGGAUUUGGUCGUAUCGGCCGUCUCGUGCUGAGGGCUUCCCUGGAGCGCGGUGGUCAGGUCGUCGCCAUCAAUGACCCCUUCAUCGGUCUCGAUUACAUGGUCUACAUGUUCAAGUAUGACUCCACUCACGGCAAGUUCAAAGGAGAAGUCAAAGCCGAAGGCAACUGUCUGGUUGUAAACGGAAAUAAGAUCGCCGUCUUCAGCGAGCGCGAACCGAAGGCAAUCCCCUGGGCGAAGGCUGGCGCUGAGUACAUCGUCGAAUCGACUGGCGUGUUCACGACCAUCGAGAAAGCAUCCGCUCAUUUGGAAGGCGGUGCCAAGAAAGUCAUCAUCUCCGCCCCAUCAGCUGAUGCGCCGAUGUUCGUCGUCGGUGUAAACUUGGAAGCUUACGAUCCAAGCUUCAAGGUUGUCUCCAACGCUUCGUGCACUACAAACUGCUUAGCACCUCUCGCCAAAGUGGUCCACGACAACUUUGAGAUCAUCGAGGGUCUCAUGACGACUGUACACGCGAUUACAGCCACUCAGAAGACCGUUGACGGACCUUCUGGCAAGCUGUGGCGUGACGGCCGUGGUGCAGCACAAAAUAUUAUUCCCGCUGCAACUGGAGCUGCCAAAGCAGUUGGCAAGGUCAUUCCCGCUCUCAACGGGAAGCUUACUGGCAUGGCCUUCCGUGUACCCGUGCACAAUGUGUCCGUGGUCGACUUGACGGUCCGACUCGGCAAGCCCGCUUCCUACGACGCUAUCAAAGCCAAAGUGAAGGAAGCUGCUGAUGGUCCUCUGAAGGGUAUUUUGGGCUACACUGAGGACGACGUUGUCUCGUCCGAUUUCAUUGGUGACAACCACUCCAGCAUCUUCGAUGCCAAGGCUGGCAUUCCUCUAAACGAUAACUUCGUGAAACUGAUCUCGUGGUAUGAUAACGAGUUCGGUUACUCUAGCCGAGUCAUCGACUUGAUCAAGUUCAUGCAAACCAAGGACAACUAAAUAGUAUUCAGAAGUCGAUUGUUCAUCUGUGUCCUCCUAGCUCCGGCCUCGCCGUACGAAGUCACUGUGUGGAGCAUAUCAUGUAAAAAAAAA